AUGGCCGCGGCUCCUUCUUACUCGAUCGUGCGUCUCCCAAAAUCACACUCCCACCCUCCAACCUGGAAAGCCCUCAUCGCAAAACAGAAAACCCUCCGUCUCCAGUCCCUGCUCACCUCACCCGACUCCUUCUCAUCAACCUACGAAAGGGAGAUCGCCUUCACGGAUGCAGACUGGGAAGCCCGCCUGCAGAACCCAUCGGCCUACACUUUGAUCGCCGUGAAGUCCACCGCGAGCCGCGCAGGGAAUGACAGAGACGAGGGAAGACUAGAUAGCGACUACCUCGACGGCGAGUGGGUCGGCAGCGUGGUCCUCGUCGGACCAGAAGAGAAGCAUGGGAGUCCCUUCGCUACUUUCGACAUCUGCGCUCUUUUCGUCCUGCCCGAAGCGAGGGGCACGGGUCUGGGCGGCAAAUUGAUCGAGAGCGCUGCGUCUGAAGCGCAGAGGCUCGCAGGGGUUGCCAGCAAGGUCUUGAUAAGAGCUGGAGUUGCACGCGGGAACGAGCGGGUGCUGAAGCUGUACGAGAGAGCUGGGUUCUUGGAGAGAGGUAUUGAAGCCGAGGCGGGCUUAGAGAUGGAUGCAAGGGUUUUGAUAAAGGAGAAUAAUGCGUGA